AUGCAGCCCAUUGUUUCUGAGAAUAUACUCGUCAACGGCCACCGGGUCUCUUUCGGUGUCUAUGGCACAGGAGAACCUGUAGUCUUGAUACACGGGACUCCAUCCUCGUCCCUCAUUUGGCGUAACAUCGUUCCCAGACUCACCAAAGCCGGAUACAAAGUUCACUUGUUCGACCAACUGGGCUAUGGAGUAUCCGAGCGACCGUGGGAUCCAAGCGUCGACACAUCAAUGUCAGCUCAAGUACCCAUACUCGAGGCACUCUUAGAGCACUGGGGCAUUGACACGUUUCAUCUAGUCGCCCAUGACAUUGGCGGCGGUAUUGCCCAGCGAUUUGGUGUAUUUCACCCGCAACGACUCCGCUCCUUGACCCUUAUCGACGUGGUCAGCUAUGACAGCUACCCUUCCAAGCGGACCAAGGAGCAAAUGGAAGCUGGCCUCCAAACCCUCUACGAUAGACCCGCUGAAGAGCAUCGGGCUCAUUUCAAGGACUGGCUUCUUUCCGCCGUGCAUGACAAACAGAAGUUUGCCGAGAGUAGCCUGGGCACGUUUGUGGAUUACAUUUCUGGGCCUAUUGGACAGGGGAGUCUAUUCCAACACCAGGUGCGACACUACGACCCCGUCCACACGAUGGAGAUUGCCGAUCGUCUGGGGCAGCUUGGGAACGUCCCCGUCAAAUUGAUCUGGGGCGCGAAUGAUGCGUGGCAGGUGGUGGACUGGGCUCACAAGCUGAAGCAGGCGAUUCCUGGAUCCGACUUAGAGAUCAUUGACGACUGUGGUCACUUCUCGCUGGAGGAUCAGCCCGAGAAGAUAGCAGAUGCCCUAGUCCCUUUCCUUGAUCGCUGUGAAAUCUAA